AUGGAGACUUCAAUCUGCUCUAUUACAGGAACCAAAACAUACCUCAAGGUCAAGCCACAUGUUAACACCAAGAUAUUAUCUAAUUUCAUUUCCAAAUGGCAAAAGAAAAAUACAGAUUGCUUAAUUAUCACAAAUGGUAGUACAGAAUCACACAAUUCUCUCAAAAAUCAAUCAAACAUGUAUUACAUGUUCCUUACAAAUAGCGAAAUUCCACAAACUGGUGACUUUUGCGAUUAUUCAAAUUCUCUUAAGAAAAUUCAGAAUUUUGUAAAUGUUUCUAAUGUUGAAGCUGAUAAAAUCCAAGAAGUUUAUAAAUACAGUACAUCCAGCCUUGAAAAGAGAGUUUUGACAAAGGAGCAAGAACAGUCUUACAAAUAUUUGCAAGAAUUAAAAUUCCCAAAGAAUGAUUCUCUUAGAGCCCUCAACGUUUUUGGCUAUGAUGCUAACAAGGCCACAGAUUACCUCCUUCAAACCAACGGAGUUUGCUUUGAGAAGAACCCUAUAGUCCAGCAAAUUCCUGAAAAUAAUAAUUCUAAGCCUGUCAAGAAAACACAGCAAAACAAUUCUUUUGAGUAUGUCUCUUCUAGUAAGUACCUUUCUAACAUGGCAAAUCUCACGGAGUUUGCUCAGCUUCAUUCAAAAGACACAAGAGAUUAUUGCGCUCAUGACCUUGUAAUCGAAGCUGAAAAUGUUAAUUCAUUAUUUGGAUUUGAAAAAGCUUAUUUUUCUAAUAAUGCAAUUGCAUGUGUUACAGAAGCUGUUGGUGCUUUCAUGCUCGAAGACCGUGAAAACUCAUGCCAUCAAAUUUCAAAUGUUCCUCAAUCUGAACUCCAAGAUUUAUUCGAUAUUGAAAUCGAUAUUGUCAAAGAAUUUCUUACUGCAAGGAUAAAUGCCCAUGAUAAGAACAUUGCCCUCUACUUGGUAGUUCUCGAAGGAUUGUAUAUGAAGGCUAUUGAUGCUAUUGAAAAUAGAUGGGAAAAUGAAUUAAUCAGAGUUAUCGAUCAGUUUCAAUUGUUUGUAAGUAUUGUUAAUUCAAUCUAA